CACCCAAUCUCUUGAUUCUUCCUUCACCACCAAAAGCCCUCAAAUUCAAUCGCCGAUGGCUCUGGUCCGCGAGCGCCGGCAAAUUAAUCUCCGACUCCCCCUCCCGGAACCCUCUGAGCGCCACCCUCGCUUCCCGUUACCCCUACCACCAUCUGUUUCCUCCUUAUCCGCCCCGAAUUCAUCCUCCUCGGCCACAGUAAUCCCCAUCACAGACCUAGAAAAACUCAACGUCCUCGGCCACGGAAACGGCGGCACCGUCUACAAAGUCCAACACAAGAGAACCUCCGAGAUCUACGCUUUAAAGCUCGUUCACGGAGACUCCGAACCCACAGUCCGUCGCCAGGUCUUCCGGGAGAUGGAAAUUCUCCGACGCACAGACUCUCCACAUAUCGUUCGAUGCGAUGGAAUCUACGAGAUGCCCUCCGGAGACAUAGCGAUACUUAUGGAGUACAUGGAUUUAGGUACACUUGAUACUCUGCUUCAACGGAACGGGACCUUCACUGAGUCCGCACUCGCCGAUGUGGCGCGUCAGGUGCUGAGUGGACUCAGUUACUUACACAGUCACAAAAUCAUUCACCGUGACAUCAAACCCUCAAAUCUUUUGGUGAAUAAUAAGAUGGAAGUAAAGAUUUCCGAUUUCGGAGUGAGUAAAAUCAUGUGCCGGACAUUAGACGCCUGUAAUUCAUACGUCGGUACUUGUGCUUACAUGAGCCCGGAAAGAUUCGACCCGGAUGCGUAUGGAGGGAACUAUAACGGUUACGCCGGGGAUAUAUGGAGCUUGGGUUUGACUCUGUUUGAGCUCUACGUGGGUCACUUCCCGUUUCUGCCUCCGGGUCAGAGACCCGACUGGGCGACCCUGAUGUGCGCGAUUUGUUUCGCGGAUCCACCGAGCCUGCCCGAGACUGCGUCGGAGGAGUUCCGGAGCUUUGUGGAGUGUUGCUUGCAGAAAGAGUCGAGUAAGAGGUGGACGGUGGCUCAGCUGUUAUCGCAUCCGUUUGUGUGUAAAGAUCCAUGUCUGUAAAAUGGGCGGUGAUUCGACGCGGAUAGGAAUCUGGUUGCCCCAAUUUGGAACCCUGGUUUUGUAGGUUCUGUAAAUACGGGCCGGAUCCUGAAAUUUUGAUUCCUUCUUUCUUUUGUACAGUCUUUCUACGUAAUUCUCUUUUGAUUAAUCACUAAAAUUAAAAAUUUUAGACCUUAAUUUCAAUAA